AUGGUGAGGCCAGGCGCACACGGAACCGACCUCGCCGAGUUGGCGAGCUACCUCCUCCAGAAUGGCCCGCGCAAGGUGCACCACACGUCGCGGCGCGUGCGAGUCGUUCUCGCUCAUCGUACCAUCGUCGACACGACAGCGGCUGUCCACGUCUGGGAACACGAUGCGUAUCCUCAGUACUAUGUGCCGCACGGGGAGCUCACGGCUCGAGGCUGCACCUUGCGAGACAAAUCGCUCGUCCGCAGUGAUAGCGUCACUCGCGCCGCUGUCGUGGAGCUCAUCGUUCCCGCGAGGGAUGGUCUUCGCGAGUUCCGGACCGACCGGGUGCUGCGAUUCACCGAGGACAGGAGCCUGGGGGCUCUGGCGGGGCUGGUGAGGCUGGAGUUUGGAUCGAUGGAUCAAUGGUUCGAAGAGGACUCCGUCAUAUACGUUCACCCAAAAGACCCCUUCAAGCGGAUAGACAUCCUGCCGUCAUCGCGUCCAGUCGAAGUCAAGGUCGGGGGCAAGACGGUAGCCAAGGCGCCCAACUCCGUCCACCUGCUCGAGACGGGCUUGCCAGCAAGGUACUACUUGUCGGCUGGUUCCGUGGAUCAGUCGGUUCUUCGAAAGAGCGACCUCGUGACGCGAUGCCCCUACAAGGGAGACGCCGAGUACUACCACAUUGUUAUUGACGGGAAGCAGCAUGAUAACUUGGUGUGGUACUACCGGCUCCCGACGCACGAAAGCGCGGGGAUAGCCGGGUUGCUGUGCUUUUACAACGAAAAGGUCGAUGUGUACCUGGAUGGAAAGCUGCAAGAAAAGCCAAAGUCGCCGUUCUCCUAG